AUGCCGGUGUCAGAGCGGAUUUCUGGAGAUCCAGAUCUCAAAGAUCGGUAUCCGGGCCAGUCAAGAGCCUUACGCCUGAGAGCGGUGCAGCUGCCAUACCAGGCAGUGAUGCAGCCAGUCAGGAUACUCAACGGUGCACCUGUAGAAAUUGCAGAAAAGCCUGGAGUCCAUGUUGAGCCUCCUCAGGCUGCAGAGGAAGAGGAGCUGUUAAAAUUGUUAAAAUGGGCUAGGUCCAGCAGCAGGGUGAGUGGAGCCCCCCCGUCAGCAGGAGUGGACCAGGACCAGGACCCAGAGCCGCCACACAUUAAAGAGGAGCAGGAGGAGCUCUGGACCAGUCAGGAGGGAGAGCAGCUUCGAGGGCUGGAGGAGGCCGAUAUCACCAAGUUCCCAUUCGCUCCUGUGAAGAGUGAAGAAGAUGAUGAUGAAGAGAAACCUCAGUCCUCGCAGCUUCAUCAAAGCCAAACCGAAGAGAACAGAGAUGCAGAGCAUUUGAAACCAGAAGCUGAUGGAGAGGACUGUGGAGGACCAGAACCAGCCAGGAACUUUAAUCCAGAUAAUCCUUUACAACCAGCUCCUCAUGACAAGACUUCACACUCCUCUGAAUCUGAGACUGAUGACAGUUGUGAUUGGGAAGAGACCAGGGAACCUCAGUCAGGUUUAAACCCAGAACCUGUGAGUGAUCAGGACUGUAAUACUGGAAAAACAUUAGUUAGCUCCUCUGAAUGUGCUACAAGCUUUGGCCACAAGGAACAUCUGCAGAAACACCAUGGAAUCGAAACAGCAGUGAAACCAUUUCGUUGCUCAGUUUGUGCUAAACGAUACCUUCACAAGAGCUCCUUAACAACUCAUAUGAGGCUUCAUUCAGAAGGAAAACGUUACAGCUGCUCAGUUUGUGCUAAAAGAUUUGCACAAAAGGCAAAUCUGAGCGAACACUUGACUGUCCACACAGGGGAGAAACCACUGAGUUGUUCAGUUUGUGGUAAAAGAUUUGCACGAAAGACAAAUCUGAAACGACACUUGACUGUCCAUACAGGGGAGAAACCACUGAGUUGUUCAGUUUGUGGUAAAAGAUUUGCACGAAAGACAAAUCUGAAACGACACUUGACUGUCCAUACAGGGGAGAAACCAUUUAGUUGUUCAGUUUGUGGUAAAAUAUUUGCAAUACAUGGGAAUCUGAGACAACACUUGACUGUCCACACAGGGGAGAAACCAUUCAGUUGCAGUGUUUGUGAUAAAAGAUUCACUCGUCUCCAUAGUGUCAAAAGACACAAGUGUGUUGGUGAGAGCAGCAGAAAUAAAUGACGCUGCUUGUUGAGACAUUUUUUUUGAAGUACUGAGGGCAGGACUUGGCUCAACACUGAUCAGCUAAAAACUUUGAUACAGACUCCAAAAGAAGUUCUGCUUCAUCUUAUCCUUUGAGCUGAGAUGAAGCCACGUGAUCAUUUAAUUCCUUUUUUAUUGGAGUCCACGUUAUUUUGUCGUUUUCCAGGCACUGUGCUUUUUGGUAUUACAUGUGUUCAUUGUUUUGUAUUUAAAUUGUCAAAGUAUUGUAUGUCACCUAUACAGCACUAAGGUCAACAUUUGUUUUUUAUUUUAGUUCAAUGCAUCCAUACAUAUCAUACUGUAACAUUGUUUGGGCCAGUACAUAUCCCUCUUCUUUUCAAAAGAUUUUCUUGAUCUAAAAGAUACCCCCAGAAGAAGUCCUUAACGACUCAUUUGAGACUUCAUUCAGAAGGAAAACGGUUCAGCUGCUCAGUUUGUAAAAAAAAAAACUUUAAAUGGAGAACAGAUGUUGUGAGGCACAUGAGAAUCCACACAGGGAAGAAACUCUUUAGUUGUUCAUUUUGUGCUAAAAGAUUUGCACAAAAGACACAUCUGAGACAACACCUGACUUUCCACACAGGGGAGAAACCCUUCAGUUGUUCCAUCUGUGGUACAGGAUUCACACAAAGCUCAACUUUGACCACACACUUAAGAGUUCAUACAGGAGAAAGGCUAGUUUCGGUCUCAGAGACAAUUUGGUCAGUUGUGACCAGAAUCCAUACUGGGGAGAAACCAUUUAGUUGUUCAGUUUGUGGUAAAUAUUUUACUGUGCACCGAGCCUUAGUUAAACAUAUUAGGUGUCACUCAGAAAAAAGUACUUACGGUUGUUCAGUUCAGAAGAAAACAUUUUACAUGGAAAUCUUUGUUGUGAUGCAUAUGAGAACCCACACAGGUGAGAAACCGUAUAUUUUCAGUGAGAAAAAGUUUGCGUAGGUUCAAAAACAAAAAAUCACAUGAGAAUCCAAACUGAGGGGAGGCCAUACAUCUGCUCAUUUUGUAGUAAAGGUGUUUGAGGUUUGACCAUAAACAUGAGAACCCACAUGGAAGAAACCAUUCAUCUGCAGAGUUUGUAAAAAAUAAAUAAAUAAAUACUUCUCCUUGA